GUGGCGCGAGAGAUGUCAAGGCUUAUUAGAGUUCGAAAUAGCCCCAUCCUCGUUCAGUAAUUUCCCUCCACAUGACAUCUCGAUGAAGCCCCGCCCCUUUCCUCAGGGGUAUCCCUAACUGGAUUUGGCAAUGGAUGAUGACGGAUGCUGUUUAACAGAUGAGCCUGCGCUGUAUCCAACCAGAAGUACGUAGAAGGAAGAGUGCUACUUUUUUUAUCAAGAGGACCUAGUAUAAAUAGGAUCGUUCCUUCAUGACGGGGAACAGAUAGUGCCAACAUCGCAGGUUCGAGUUGGUCAUCCAGCACCCGUUUUUUUUUUCAAUUUAGACUUUAGUUGAGUCACUGUGAUAUAAUUUCCAUAAUCAGGCCGGUAGCUGCUGUAAAGAUGAGGGGUUAUAUUUGUGUGUUGGUGUGUGUUGCAGCGUUGUCUGUGCAAGCUCAGAAUCCCCAGAUCCCGGGAAGGCAACAACCGCCAUUCGGAAGACCCGGUCAACCUGGAAAUCAGCAACCUGGUCAACAACCAGGACAACAGCCUGGAGUUGGUGGGAGGCCUGGACAGCCGGGUGGACAACAACCAGGCUUCCCCAGGCCUGGAACCCCUGGUGCACAACAGCCAGGAGUUGGCGGUAGGCCUGGACAGCCGGGUGGACAACAGCCGGGCUUCCCUAGGCCUGGAACCCCUGGUGGUCAACAACCUGGUGCACGACCAGGCUUCCCUGGAACUGGAACUCCUGGAGGACAACAACCAGGUGGACAGCCAGGAUUCCCUGGAACUCCUGGGGGACGUCAGCCAGGAUGGGGACAACCAGGAACUGGUCAACCUGGUUGGGGACAACCCGGAACUGGUCAACCUGGUUGGGGACAACCUGGAGCCGGACAACCUGGAACUGGUCAACCUGGAUGGGGACAACCCGGAGCUGGUCAACCUGGUUUUGGUCAACCUGGUUUCGGUCAGCCUGGUGGUCAACCUGGUUUCGGUCAGCCUGGCUUUGGCCAACCUGGUUUCGGUCAGCCUGGUGGUCAACCUGGUUUCGGUCAGCCUGGUGGUCAGCCUGGCUUCGGUCAGCCUGGCUUUGGUCAACCUGGCUUUGGUCAACCUGGUGGACAGCCUGGAUGGGGAGCUGGCGGUCAACCUGGAGGAGGAUGGCCUGGCCAAGGUGCAGGAGGUUCCGGUGGUCAAUGGCCUGGCGCUGGCAGACCUAAUAUUGAACCAGUUAUUCCCGAUCCCAGCAGGAGGGAGAGAUGCGCUAAAUAUUGGAUUGAGGAAGGAAACAGCUGUUAUCUAUUUGACAGUGGUGCCUUCCUAAGAAGAGUAUCAGCCAACAACCCAAUGGUUGUAAACAGUCCGGACGGUCUAUUCCAAGACACCGCCAACUUUUAUUGCUCGCAGAUGCACCCGAACGCCUCACUUGUGACAGUCAACACCAGAGAGGAGAAUAACUUCCUUUACGAGUGGGCGGUCCGCAUGAUGGUCGAGCCUGUUCCUGUCUGGAUUGGUCUCCACGUCGGCCCAAGCGGACAGUGGGAAUGGUAUAGCAAGGAACCAGUGGGUAACUACCUACCCUGGGUCGAGCUACCAGGACCCCGUCCCCCUCCAAAUCACGGAGCCGUUAUCUUCGACGCUGACCUGCAGAAUCAGAUUUUCAACAACCAGCUUGAGAUCACCCCUCAGUGGAGAAUGGAGGAGGCCCGAGCGGAGCAGCACGCGUUGAUCUGCGAGUACCAUCCCAUGGAUCUAUAUCCGGUUAACCCUACGCCAACCAACACAGUACCUGGCACCGGAAUGCCGAAUCCCCGUCAACCAGGGCAGGGGCCGCGUCAACCCUGGCAGAGGCCUGGUCAACCCAGACCCGGUCAACCCGGAUUCGGUCAACCCAGACCCGGUCAACCCGGAUUUGGUCAACCCAGACCCGGUCAACCCGGAUUCGGUCAACCCGGUCAACCUGGCUCCCGUGUACCUGGCAGGCGACCAGUGAUGAUGAACCACCCGGCUAACCUCAUGAACCUAUUGAGUGGUGGUGGUUUCGGAGGUUCCCUUCUACGUGAGGUUCCACGGGACAGGCCAGCAAACUACAAGAACAGUCCCGUCUAUGCCGUCCAACCAUGAACACUGUGACGGACAAGUCACUGCAUCUAUACUUCUCAAUAUAACUUACUUUAUGCAACGCACAGUGGAUGUUGCGAGGUCGUCAAGCAAAUAACAAAUAAAUCGAAAGUGGUCAGAUCUGCCACAGAUCUGACUGAGGGCGCCUUGUAAGAAUAAGUACAUCUCUACUAAUAUUUCCUACAAGAUUGUCUUCACAAUGAAACUUGGAAACAUUUUGCCUUCAGCAAACUAUGAACAUGAUGAGAAGACACUGUGGAAAAAAUCAGUAUAAAAUAUCCUGUUUUGACUAGUACCAAUAGGUCCAUAUCCCUGACUGUACAAGGCAUAUUACGCCAAAAACUGACUUAUAUGAUCCGCACUUAUCAAUUUCGAUUUCAAUUGUCGUUUGGUUGUUAGACCUUUGAACCAAAUGGGUGUUCGUCAACAAUGAAAUGUUUUGAAUUAUAACUUUAUGCAGGAGUCAAAAUGAUGCUUCUCUACGUGUUCAAUUCGAAAAAUACGAACACUGCCGUCCUCACAGCCUAUUGACGGCAUUACUUCAAUCAUGUGUGUGCCUCGAAAAAAAAUGAAUAUCACCUUUCAAAAUAUUAUUCACACCACCGGGCAGUUGCUUGAAACUUACGCCCAAUCCAAAAUCAAGCGUUUGUACAUAAGUCAUUCCUAAACUCCUGGACUAAAUGUGCAUUUGUCUUUGAUUUGCCUACGUUUAAAUGCAACUCAACUUUCUUUUAACGUCCCUUGUUUGAUUUUGUAACAUGCGCUUGAUUUUCAAUUGGGCGUACGUUUACUGCAACACCCCGUAGGUCUAUGUAACGAUAAAUAACGCAUUCAUGUUUUUUUCUUUAAAGAAUAUUUUUCAUGAAAUGAGUGAGGAAUAUGCGGGCUAAGACUAGAUGCUUGUGGAAAGAGAAUACCGUUUCCAUUUCCAAAUGUGAUGACUAAUAUUGACGGUUAGCCUUUUUGCUUCAAGUUUGUUUUGUACAUUUUGUUCAGUAAUAAAAUUAAGUUUUCUUAUUUUA